AUGGAGUCCCUCAAUCUCAAGAACCUCGCUAACUCAUUACCUACGUCCAACCUCGCAAACGCAGAGACCGACCUUUUGAACGAUUUCAAAGCCGCGGCUCUCAGUAUAACAACGCUCUACCGCUCUUCUCGGACAACAUCCAAGAAGGCGUACAAUGCUGGAUAUGCGUCUGCAUGCCAAGAUCUGCUCCAGAUGAUCCAGCAGGCCGUGUCGGACUCGGAGUCAGAAGGCGGGAGUGGGAUGCCGACGAUCGAGAGGGUCAUGGAUUGGGUGGAGGCGAGGCUAGAGGCUAUA